AUGGAAAAUCAGUAUAUGGUUACAAUGGAUAAUCGGGAAGAUCCUACACCAAUUGAAUCAAAUCCUUCAAGUUCAGAACCUAAUUCUGUGCCUAUUCCAGUUCUAGUUCCAGUUGCUACUUCUAGUACAAAUAGCAACACUGAAAGUGAAGUUGUUUCUGAAGCAGCUUUCAGUACUGGUGGUCGUAUUUUAGAUCCAUUUCGAAGCUCUUUAUCUCCAUCGACAGUGCAAGCACUGGUUUGUUGUCAGAAUUGGUUGAAUUUAGCAUCAAUUCCAAUCAACAUCAGCAACUACAUGGAUUAUAUUGAAAAUUCUGAGAUGAUUGAGUCAGAAUUUGGUGAGAGUUUAAAAAUCUCAACUGAUUGUUUGUAACUACUGCAAUCUUGGAAUAUAA